AUGGAGGGAGGCAGCACGGCUGCCCGUCUGGCCAGCGGGAAUGAGCUGUGUACGAUAUACUCGAGGCCUGGCAAGACGGGCCUCAAGGUCGAACUGCGCCGAUUCGAUCUGGCCAAGGAAGAAUUCACCUCAGCUGGGUCGGUGAUCAUCAAAGGCAAAAAGGGGUCCACAAAGACGGACCUCGUUGCAGCCGCCUAUGUGGAGAACAAAGCCAUCAUCAUGCCUUUCGUGUACCUUCUUGUGCGACACUGCUAUGACGACAAGGACCCUCUGUGCGCCAUCGGCUUCAUCACGACAGACGACCAAGGCAAAGCCACCUUCAUCUGCUUGCGAGAGUUCAGGGAUGCUGCACUACAAACCGGAGGGAGGGUGUGGAUUCUUCACGGCCCGAUCGUGGUUGCCGAAGGCUCGCCAGGCAGCCCAUUCCUCUUCUUCGGCCGGCUGACGCACACGUGCGAAGGUCUGCCCAAGUUCAUCACCUCCCAAGACCCAACGCUCGGGCUUGUCUGCGAGCAGUACGCUCUCUUCGUCGGUUCGACGGCGUUCGACGGCCAGCCCCUCGAGCGAGACGACGGCAAGAAGGGAACAACCAACCUCUUGCAAUUCCUCAAGAAGGACAUGCUCGACGGACUCGCGCUUGACUACUUCGCCGACGGUGGGAGGAAGCUGGCCCAGCGCUUCGUCGUUGAUGAUGGUGAAGAGCUCGACAACAGCGGCCUCCUCGAGGACGGAGGAGAGGAAUCGACCCAGCAAUGGGUCAUCGUGCCCCUCCCGAACGAAGAGGCGGCGGAGGGCGCAGGCGAACCCGACGUCGGGUCCGAAGCGUCACCUCUGCCGUCGCCGAUCCUCAUGAUGGAGGCCGAGGAGGACCCGCUCCUGAGCUCGUUUGACCUCAUGGACGAGGAAGGCGGCGGCCUUGGCGCCCCUGUCAACGAGCAAAGCGUCCAGCCGGACGACUCGGGGCGAGACACCCGGCUCAGUUGGAUUCCCAACCUCUUCGCCAAGCGUGACAACAUCGCCGUGGUCGUCUUCGCCGACAACGACGACGAAAGCCGCGAUUACACGUACGAGAACGAGAUGGGCGAAGAGGUGGUCCUGAAGCCUUCCAUCUUCCUCGGCACAAAGUCGAAGGAGCUCGUGACGAUCAGGAACGGCGAAGCGGUCGCCUGCCACAAACUGCCCGCCGUUCCGCUUUCCAUAGCCCUUGCGCGACUCAACAACGACGCGUUCGUUCUGGUCAUCAAGUUCGAAGGCCACACGGUCCACAUCCGGCAUCAAGACGGCACUUUGCUCCACGAGGUCGACGAAGUGGAGGACGUGCUGGUGGGCGACUUCCUCCUUGCGGGGAGGGACCAGGUGCUGCUGUUCCAUCCGGCGAAGCUGCAGAAGAACGGCAAGCCGUCGAAGAAGGACCACUUCACGCUCACGGACCUUCACACGACUUACGCCUUCCCCAAGAAGACGAAGACGAAGGAACAGACUACGGAAGGAGCCUACUCACAGAGUCUGCAGUGGGUGGCCUACUCGCUCCACUGCCGCCUGCAAGAGGGCAAACAGUUCCUGUGCGACGGACGGGAAAGGUUCAAGGCCAAGCGGCUCCUCUUCAACCACGCGAUGGACGUGCUGUUGCGACUGGCGCGAGAAGAGGGCAGUUGCAUGCGGAUCGAGUCUCCCUACCUGGCAACCAUCCACGGAGAGAAACACUUUGCAGACGAGCUGGUCGCGCUCUUCGAUGACGACGAACCGGACGAUCGGAGAAGCGGAACGGAGACCGAAGCUGCGGAUUUGCGCGUGGACGCGUUGGUUGCGGCCUUUUCCGGGGGUCAAUGGGUCGUGACGGCCACCAUCACCAACACGCACACUACUAGGACACGGUGGUGCCAAGGCCUGCUUGUGAGCGAACCUCGGCUUGGGCUGGCCUCGGCGAGCAGCGGAGGCUUCGAGGACAGGGUCCGGCUGCUUCCGCAGGCGUCCACCACGCUGACGACCCUCGUGAGCGGAAACAUCACCACCGACGCCACGGUGGACGUCUGGGUGCAGGUGUUCACCGACGAGGCUGAGACUCAGUCCGCCAACUACGGCUGUCUUGGGUCGCUGCCGUUGCGCGUCCGAGAUCAGCUCAUCGCUCGUCCUGCUACCGCCACACCCAUUCCAUUCGUUCCUUCCCUCCUGCCAGCCCUUGAGGAAGUACUCCCAGUCUCUGCUUCUGGGUCGUCGUCAGGCAUCGAUGUUCGACCAAACGCUCUGGCGGGAGUGGAGCUGCUGUCGAAGCUCGCGCAGUCGCUGAGCGACGAGGUGGCCUCGCUGUCGGCCCUCAUCGACGACAUCCUGGAGCGAAACAGGAGUCGACGAAAGAUGCUCAAGAUCCAGAAGAUCACCCGCGAGGAGAUCGACACGCAGGCCCAGCUCAAACGACGCUACGUCGAGCAACAGACGCGAAGCGAUGAACUCUUUGCCUUCUUCCUCAAGAGUCCCUACUUCAACUAG